AUGAGUGAGUUGGUUCUAGGUCAACGAGCCAGUAACAUUCGAAAUAUUGAGUACAAUGGUAGGGAAGCAAUUAUUACCGGCACGUAUGGGCAAUGUGAAACUGCCAAAUCACGAAUGAAGCACUAUUUAGAAGAAGAAUCCGCAAAGCCAAGACCCAGUGUUUACCCUGACGUUGGUUAUACUAUUGUUGAUUUGCAGGCACCCUCAAAAGGGUCAAGAAUUCGUUUUAUUCAAUAUAUGGAGCGCGACAAUAAUUCACACUCACAUGGAAGGAACUUAUAUUAUAUUCACCUAUCAAACGAAUCUCCCUGUUUACAUACUGAUUUAAUGAGAGAUUGGGGUAUUCUUACUCCAGAAGUCGAAUCGCCCAAUCAAGUAACGAAAAGUCCUGAAGAAUUUAUGCCUAGUCCCUCUACUGAUAUGGGAGAUCACAGGCUCUGGUUAGAUGAAUAUGAAAUGUUUCCUAUACGUGAGGCAGGAUUAGAAAUACACACAACGUUAUACGUAGGACAGGAAUUAUUUUUUAACAUUCCGUUAGAACCUUUGAGCUUAGACAUGAAAGAAUGGUGUGGACUUAAACGUAUCGGCCAUAAAGCUGUAAAGACUUCCUUCCAACAUCAUGCGCCUUCUAUUGAUGGUCGAAGGAUAUUGGAAGCGAAUAUGGGAUUCAAGAAAACUUCAUCUACGCGCCAAAACGAAAAAUGCUCCAUAAACGUAUAUUUCAACGACGGUGAAGAAAAGAAAAUGAAACUUACCUACGACCAAAUUUCCCACGAAUGGACAAUUAAAAAAGUUGUAAAGAAUUUGCGACGUAUUGUACUUAUGGAUCUUUUGUCAGGCAGUGAUGCUCCUGAUAUAAGGUUUACACUUAAAACCCAGACACGAAUUCCAAUUGAUCCCAAUUUGAAAUGUCUUAUCAAAGACGUGCAAGAUCCAAAUCGUAACGAGUCUUUUAUGGCUUUGCGACCUUCUGAUUUCGCAGGCACAGUCACAUACGGAAAUAAUGUUACUCUUAAACAUGUAGAUUGGAUUCGAAUGUUUAACCGAUUAUCUAAUCUACCAAACAAAGAUCAAUAUCAGCAACAAUCAUAUCAAAAUGAAUAUGAUCUUAUAAGUUUUGAAGAUAUACCAAAGCAAACAAUCUCGGUUUCGAGGACGCAAAAACAGAACAUCGAAGACGACGUUUUUGGGAUCGAGUUCUUAUCAAACCACAUAAAAGAAGAUUACAAGAAAGAAGAAAAUAUUUCAUCCGAGUUCAAAGGGAUAUUACA